AUGGAAGAUGCAUUGUCCAAACCGUGUGAUGAGAUAGUUCGGGAGGUUGCAGCGGACACCUCCGGACACGACACCCACGUCCGUGGCUCUGCACAAGUGAAAUUGAUAGGAGGAAACAACGCGGCGCUCGCGAUUGGCGUGACGUGCACCACAACUACUUGGUUGGCAAUCAAGCCGCCACGAGUUGCUGUUGAAGCGGAGAACUUGCCGGACUCUGAUGACGAGGACGACCUCGUAGACGAGUACGACCAGAUCACGAGGCACAGCAGUCAGCCCGAGCGGGCUCCGCUUCAUAACUACAUGGGACAGCAGCUCGGGCGACUAGCCAACGAGGCUGGACAAGCUUUGUUUGUCCCUCCCGGGUCGGCAGAAGAGGUUGGCCAACUGCGUGCUUUUGUUGAGAGGGUUCGUAGGAGCUACCGUCGCCUUGCUUACAAGAUGAACUGCAUGACGGCCCCCGAUGUGGCGUUUGCACACGGUGCGCAUUCUUCGGAUCCAUCGGCUGGCCAUACGGGUGCUUCGACACAGCAGCAGACGCCGGUGCAUUACGGCACCCGGACUCGCACCCGCAGCAGUAGUGUGGCUCGGACCCAGUCGCGCAGCAUGAUUGGAGCCGACUCCACUUCCGUUGGGACGGCUUCACGAGGCAAGGCCCCACAGGAGCAGAGCUCCGACGAUGGAGACCCAUCGUACGGCGCGGAUGUUAUGGGGUCCUCGCAGCUCGCAGGGGCCCCUCCCGCUACCCAGCCUUCUUAG